AUGACCGAGGCAGCGCUGGUGGAGGGCCAGGUCAAGCUGCGGGACGGCAAGAAGUGGAAGAGUAGGUGGCUGGUGCUGCGCAAGCCAUCACCGGUGGCAGGGGCUGGAGUCUUCUUCUUGUCCUCAGCUGAGGGAGAGCAGAUCAGCUUCCUGUUUGACUGCAUUGUCCGAGGCAUCUCCCCGACCAAAGGCCCAUUUGGGCUUCGGCCAGUUCUCCCAGACCCGAGUUCUGGGGGACCCUCAGCCUCAGAAGAACGUGUAGCCCAGGAAGCACUGGAAGCCCUGCAGCUAGAGAAGAGGCUCAGCCUGCUGUCACACUCUGGCCGGCCAGGCAGUGGAGGGGAUGACCGAAGUCUAUCCAGUUCCUCUUCCGAGGCCAGCCACUCAGACAUCAGUGCCAGCAGCCGACUCACUGCGUGGCCAGAGCAGUCCUCAUCCUCAGCCAGCACGUCACAAGAAGGACCAGGGCUGGUGGCUGCCCAGGGCCCAGGAGAAGCCAUGCUGGGAGCCUCAAGGCCACCCCUCAAGCCACUGCGGCCUCGGCAGUUACAGGAGGUUGGCCGCCAGAGCUCCUCUGACAGUGGCAUAGCCACAGGCAGCCACUCCUCCUACUCUGGCAGCUUCUCAUCCUAUGCUGGCAGCAACCUGGACGUGUGGCGGGCCGGAGAGGAAUUCGGUUCUCUACUCAGCCUGCCUCCUGGAGCCAGCGCACCUGAGCCCAGACUGUGUGCUUGCCCACCUGGGGCGGCCGAGUACCAGGUGCCCACUUCAUUGCGACACCACUAUGACACACCUCGAAGCCUGCUCCAAGCCCCCAGAGAUCCAAGCUCAGCUUCUCAGGGCAGCUCUGACCACAGUUCAACCACAGACUUGGGUGGUCAGGCACCUACAGGGAGUUCCUCCAGUUGGCUGGGAACUCAACGACGGGGACAGGCAACGGAAGGCCCAGGCAGUGAAGCUGUGCUGCCCACUCCAUCCCCUGGCGAGUCCUGGGAAGCAGGCAGCCCCCAUACAGGGCCAUCUCCAGCUUUCUUUUUGUCAUGUUCAAUCUGUGGCGGACUCAAGGUAAAGCCCCCUCCCUGAGAUAGCAGGCUAGCCGCUGCUGCCAAGAGCUGGAUACGGCCUUCAGACAGGGGAGGAGGGCCCUAGCCUCUUUGCAGAGGAGGUGCUCUGUGCUGUUUUAAUAAGCCACCAGAACUGUAGCAAGGACCUCAGGGGCAGGGUGACAAACAGGGCUGUCCUCCCCUAGAUGGGCGCCAUGGCUGCCAGUGCUGGAGGCAGGUCAGGUUGAGGUCAGGAGAGCCCCUGAUCCAGCCUUUCCAGGAUGUUCUCACCCCCUGGACCAGGCAGAAGUCUAUCAUGCCCAUAGGGAUCCUGCUAUCUAUUGCACUGCUGGGGGCAGAAGAUCUCCAUGGCUGGGGUCAGUUCUCAGUGACAAGGCUUGGCUUGGUCCACUGCCCUCCUCCUGGAUAAGUGACCCUCUGUCAUUGGUCAUUUCUGCAGUAUACAGACACAAUUCCUAUUCAAAAUCAAACCUCCCAUGGCUCCUCCAGACUCCCUAGUCUGUGAGCUGGCAGCUCUGUGUAUGCAGCCUACAGAUCGGGCACAGUCUGUAUGUGAUCGACUUUGCACAUCACCCUGCGGCUCCCACAGGUGGGAUCGGUGUCCCGUCCCACGGGGAGGAAACUGACGCUCAGGAGGCUCCAUGACUUGCAGGGUCUCUGACAUUGACCCUCACCCUCUGCACUGCAGAUCAGUCUGCUCCUGGGCCCCCGGAGGGCUCUGAGAAGUGGGCUGCCUGACAGGAGUGUACAUCACCCCCAGAGGCUGA